UAUUCGCGCAAACAGCGAGCGAGGCAGCGCUGUCUCGCGGCGGCAAGCGCGUUUUUCCAAACACCUCUUUAUAAGUCCGAAGUCUUAUCCCUCCACCCGACCUGUUAAAACCACGCCUACGGAGGCACACAAUUGGUCCUGAAAGCGUCAAAGAGCCAAUCAACGGAGUCUGGCGUCUGGCAACGAGCGUCACAUCCACACGGCGCUGGAGCUCAUGGAAUUCAGAAGCAGAUCUCGGUGCUGGGAACUCGCUACCUCCGCGCGGGCCAAACGGACUUUCUCCAACGUUUGUGUGUGUGUAUGUGUGCGUGUGUGUGUUUUUUAUUUUUUAUUAUUUUGUAAGAAACGCGUGUGCGCGUGAAGACAUAGGCUAUGUAAUAAACUAAUGGACUCGGGGAAAUUAAUUUGAGCCUCCAGUGCGUCUGUGUGGAAGGUGGAAGGAGUGAUCUAAACGCAAACGCAGCGGACGCGUUUCCAGCAGAAUGUAGAUUUUGAACACCAGCAACGUCAACGUAUAUUUAAUAAAAUCACUGUGACUCGUUCUCUUUUGGUUUUGUAUUUGUGUGUGUAUGUGUGUGUGUGUGUCUGAGAGAGAGAGAGAGAGAGAGAGAGAGAGUGUGUGUGUGUGUGUGUGUGUAUGUGUGUGUGUGUGUGUGUGUUUUCCCCUCGUUUUGGCUAAGCGAGCUGUACACACGUACAACAGCCAUUGAAGAUAAACUAUACAGCAACGCCGGCGAAGGACUUAAUGGAUAGCCUUCUGUUGUUUUCUGUUGCAGUCACUUUGCUGGAAUCCAUCUAACGAAGAACACCAGGCUAAUCGAACCUAGGCGGUGGAUGCUUAGGUUUUAUUUACAAAACUGGAUUUCAGCGGAUUUCUAAAAAACUGGAGAAAGAAUCGGACUCUCCAGCACUGUUAGAAAACACAAAACAAGGCAGAACUUCUAGACUAUCAGAUAUUGCUAUAUGCAAUAUCUGGACUUUUGGAUGAACUUCCUGAUGAGAGAUCCAGUUAUCCAAGGCUCGAGUAUGGCAUACCACCCGUUUUUACCUAACCGGGGACCAGAGUUUGCCAUGAGCGCCAUGCUGGGCCACCAACCGCCCUUCUUCCCGGCUCUGGCACUGCCACCAAACGGAUCGCUUUCGCUACCAGGAACGCUCGGGAAGCCCAUCAUGGAGCAGUUGAUGGGGACCGCGGAUUCAGGCCUGCAUUUCUCCUCUCUGGGGCAUCAGGCCGCCGCUGCUCAUCUUCGGCCUCUAAAAACACUCGAGCCGGAGGAGGAAGUGGAGGACGACCCAAAAGUUCAUCUCGAAGCGAAGGAACUUUGGGAGCUUUUCCACAAGUGCGGCACAGAAAUGGUUAUCACCAAAUCAGGAAGACGAAUGUUUCCUCCGUUUAAAGUAAGAUGCACUGGCCUGGACAAGAAAGCCAAAUAUAUUCUGUUGAUGGAUAUUGUAGCGGCGGACGACUGUAGGUAUAAAUUUCAUAAUUCGCGUUGGAUGGUGGCCGGUAAAGCUGACCCCGAAAUGCCAAAGCGGAUGUACAUUCACCCCGACAGCCCAGCCACUGGCGAGCAAUGGAUGUCCAAAGUCGUCAACUUUCACAAACUUAAACUCACCAACAAUAUCUCCGACAAGCAUGGAUUUGCCUUGUUUUCGUUGCAGACCAUUUUGAACUCCAUGCACAAAUACCAGCCAAGAUUUCACAUCGUUCGAGCCAACGACAUUCUCAAGCUCCCCUACAGCACGUUCAGAACUUACGUUUUCCCCGAGACUGAUUUCAUUGCUGUUACUGCGUACCAAAACGACAAGAUUACGCAGCUGAAAAUCGACCACAAUCCGUUCGCUAAGGGGUUUCGAGAUACUGGAAAUGGAAGGCGUGAAAAAAGGAAACAGUUGGCCUUACAGUCUUUAAGAUCAUACGAGGAACCACAGAAGAAAGAAAACGGCACGUCUGACGACUCAUCCGGCGAACAGACUUCGUUCAAAUGUUUUCGUCAAGCUUCAUCUCCUGCCGUGGCCACCGUGGGUCGGCAGAGCUUCAAAGAUUUCUGCGACAGCGACGAAGACAGUGACGAGGACGACAGAGAUGCAAACCCCAAGGAAGGACCAGAGUCAAGCAAAAUCUCCACCACCACCAGUGAAGACGCAAAGGAACGCGAGGGUGCUUUGAACAAACUCAGCUCGUUUGGAGACGGUGACUCUCGGUUGAGAGAGAGCAGGACUGAGAAAAGCCGUGCCGAUUCACGACAGAGCCCUGUAACGCUGAUUUCCAGCACCACGCGCUCGGGAGAAGAGCUCAAAAGUCCCGCUGGAGAGCAGCCCAAACUAGACGAGUGCCGCUCCGUGAGCAAGGAGAGUUACACGACACCACUGACUGUUCAGACAGACGCCGGCGCGCAUCUGCACCAGAGCCACUUGCACAGUUUCGGAUUUCCGCCCGGUUUGGCCGGGCAGCAAUUUUUCAAUCAUCUGGGAAGCGCCCAUCCUUUCCUCUUGCAUCCCAGUCAAUUCAAUUUGGGAGGUGCGUUUUCCAAUAUGGCCGCCGGGAUGGGGCCACUAUUGGCAGCCGUGUCCUCCGGAGGAGUGACCAGCAUGGACACGACCAGCAUGGCGUCACCGUCGCAAAGUCUGGCUGGAGCGCCGGGAGUGCCUUUUCAUCUGCAGCAACACGUCCUGGCAUCUCAGGGAUUGGCGAUGUCUCCCUUUGGAGGACUUUUCCCAUAUCCCUAUACUUACAUGGCAGCAGCAGCUGCAGCUUCUUCCGCAGCCACCUCCUCAGUCCAUCGCCACCCGUUCCUUAACGCCGUACGCCCGCGGCUCCGGUACAGCCCUUAUUCAUUACCGAGUGUCCCGGACAGCACUUUGCUCACAACCGCCAUUCCUCCCAUCGACCUGAAGGGGGACGUCAUGGCUUCCAGUCCCGUAUCUGCAACUUUGGACUCCACGUCGGAGGUGACCAGCCGUUCCUCGACCAUAUCAUCCGGCUCCGUGUCUCUUUCGCCAAAAACGGGCUCAGAUAAAGAUUCAAACAACGACUUGCAGAGCAUCCAGCGCCUCGUGAGCGGACUCGAUUCAAAGCAGGACAGAGCGCGAAGCGUCUCUCCAUAAUAUUAAUAAUUAUAAUUAUAAUUAUUAUUAGUAGUAAUAAUAAUAAUAAUACAUGAUCUGCAUUGGGAAUCAUUAAAGGACAUUGACGAUACGGAUCAUGUACGACAACGACGCCCUUCUAGCGAAAGCGGGUUUACAUAGGCUGCGGACCUAUAGAUAAAAAUAACAAUGAAAAAAGUUCGAUUUAAAAAUGCACUUUGGUAAAAGAAAAUAAAAAAAAUAACUUAGUUGUGUCCUCGUCUUGUUAAAUUAAAACAAUCUUUUUUUUCUCCUGAUGUUUUGAAUAGAGUACCGUAGAAGUAUUGGAAAUGAACAGCUUGGCAAGGAAUAUGUCACAAGUCGAAUAAGCUGCUGCUGUCCUCUCGACGUUUUAUGUCAAGUUGCUGGGGGUUGUCAAUAGAUUCAUUUUAAUAUGCACUCUUAAUAGAUUCUUAGUUUAUUGGAUAUCUCUUUAUCUAAUAAAAAAAGACUGCUGUGGUUUUUUU